AAAGGUGGCAAGGUGCCAUAACUCCAUUGGAGUUGAGAAAAGUCACAUCACAUCACUGUAAUGUGAAAAAGCUUGCAGACCCAAAACGUGGUCACAGUGUUACCUGGGAUGCAGCAUCAAAAUAUCAGGAGCACAAACCUGUGAAAACCAUUCAAAAACCCUGAUGGAGACUAAACAGUUUCGUAGCAAUUGAUUUACCCAGGCCUGGGGUGCAGGACCAAACUCGACCUUCAACAUAAUGCUCAUAAAUUAGAGCUCUUGAUCGAGUCAGACAAGGCCAGCAUUUAGAGAGAGAGCAGAAACCAGAGGGGUUAGUUGUGGAGGUGCUGAGAAGAACCCAGCUGGGAAGAAGAAACAGAGCGUAUGGAGCUUGAAGAAAGACCAUCGUUUUUCAAGGUCCUAGUUGGUGACUUCUCCCAGCAACUGUAUUAAAAAUUCCUACCAUACUCUGGAAGACUGCAACCAAAGAACAAGCCAAAAAUUCCAACAAAGGUUACAGUUUUUAGUCAUCUCUAGUUCAAAUUGUCUAUGUAAUUUUGUUCGUAGCAAAUUAUAUAAGCAGACUAAUUGCUAAAAUUCCCCUAGUGUUCCUUUAAGGGAAAAUUUCUUGUGCAUACAAGAAAUUGAUGUAAUGUAUUUGAUAUAUAACUUCAGCAUGUUAGAAAACUACAUAUCAUUUAUAGAUCGAUUAGAGCUGAGAUCUUUGGUGAGACGGAAUGCUUAUGAAACUAAAUCUGGUUAAACCGAUUUAUGUUUUUCCUGAGCUUAUAUUUGUCUAGUCCCUUUUGUUGGUCUCAACUCUCAGGUAUGAAUGCGUAUUAACUUACUAUGAUCAUAGCCUACAAAUGUCAUUCAGAUAUGAAUGGUUUCUUCGAAUCUAUUAAUUUUGUAGCGUAUACCACAUGCGUUUGUGAAGAACUUCAAUGGUCGUGUACCACGAAUGUGUGGCCUUAGAGGCCCUUGUGGAAACUUGUGGGCUGUGAAUUUAAAAGAGAUCGAGGAUCGUGUGGUUUUCCAUAAUGGUUGGCAGAGUUUUGCAAAGCAUCAUUUUCUGGAAGUUGGGGAUUUCUUGACUUUCACUAAAGAUGAUGGUUCAAUUUUUGAUGUCAUAAUUUAUGAUAAAAGCUACUGUGAGAAGAAUGUUGAAGCAGCCAAGAGCAGGAUUGGCAAUGUUGUGGACAGAACAAGUAACAACCACGUCAUUUUAGGAAAGAGACCUGCACUUGAUCUUGUGGAAGAAACAUCUAUUGGAUCCAUCUCUUUCAAUCCGGAGAAUCCAUUUUUUACUACUAUUUUUACUAGGUAUACUCGAUAUGACCUGAGAAUUCCAACCAAAGUAGUCAUAGCUGCAGGUCUUAUGAACACUAAAACUAUAAUGCUUCAAGAUCCAACUGGGAGGCCAUGGCCUAUUAAACUCAACGAAACAACAAUGGGUCAAAUGCGUAUGGAAGGCUGGUGUAAUGUUUGUAAAGAGAACCAAAUUUCAUUUGGAGACACCCUUGUUAUUGAGGUAGUCAAGCAUUCUGUACUUCAACUCCAUGUUUGUAAAGUAGGAGCAGCCCUGGAUGUCGAAACUCAAAGCUAGGUGGCUGCAGCAUUUCAGACUGCACACUGCUAUUCAAAUUUGAUCAAAAAUGGUCUUACUCGUCUUGGCCAAACUGCCAAAGGAUCAUCUUCUGGUUUUUCACUCCCUAGUCGGUUCUUGUAUUUCUCAUUUGUAGUGUUUUAUGCAUGGUACGUUUUCUUCUGUAAUGUGACUCAUUGUUGAAUCAUAUUUCAAUUGGUCCUUGGCUUUUUGUUGUUGAAUGCCCACUAUCUAUCUAGCUAUUUUAUUUAUCGGGUGGUUGUAUCUAUUCUUGGCUUGAAUCAUUGCCUUCUUUUUGUGAUUUGGGGUUCUGUUAGAGAGAUUAAUACAGUGGCUACAAUCUAUCAUCA